AUGAUUUGUCUUUCCAAGGCAGACGAGCAUUCGCUCCGUCACCUCUCGUUUAACCAGAGCCCACCCGCUCUCUCGGCCAGUCAGACCACCUGCGAGGACCUCAACGGCAUCAGCAACCUGCGGGAGCACGUGGCCGCCGAUCAGGACGACGGCGGCGGCGGCAACGCGGGCCUUUUGGGCGCCGACGCCGAGGACGAACGGCUUCGGCAUGCCGUGCGGGAUCCGGAGCCGCUGUCCAAGGCGGAAGAAGCAGGACGAUGGAUGAACGGACCAUCCCUAGCUUCUCACACGGCGGCCCCUGGCGGUGAUGGCCAAUGCCCCCGUGCUCCAGCCUCUCCCUCUUCUCAGCGUCUCUCCAACGUCUGGGGGUGGGUAGCCUGGAUCUUAUCCGUUCUUGUUGCUUCCUCUGUACUCUCGUCCUUUCGGGCCCGUUCCACCGCCGCCGCCAUCCCGGCGUCUCUCGGCGUCUCCCCGGCUGCUCUCCUGCUCAAUGACACCACCACCACCGCCGCCGCCGCCGCCGUCGCCGCCGCCUCGCCGCUCCGCAAGCGCUCAACUUGCGCCUCCGGCGGUGUCGCCUCCGCCGACUACAACCUCCCCCUGCACGUCGGCGCGCUCUUCAUCAUCCUCUUCGUCUCCUUUACCGGCUGCGCCUUUCCGCUCCUCGCCGCCAAGUUCCCCGCGCUGCGCAUUCCCGCGCGCUUCUUCUUCGUCGUGCGUCACUUUGGCACCGGCGUGCUCAUCGCCACGGCCUUUGUCCACCUGCUGCCCACUGCCUUUGUCUCCCUCAACAACCCCUGCCUGUCGAGCUUCUGGACCCAAGACUACCAGGCCAUGCCGGGCGCCAUUUCGCUCGCCGCCGUCUUCCUCGUCACCGUCAUUGAGAUGGUCUUUCACCCGUCCCGGCAGAUUCCUCCCGAGGAUCUCGUCGCUGCGCAUAAUGGCAGCAGUGGUGGUGGUCAUCAAGGCUGCAUGGCCAAGCCGACGUUUGUGGUGGAAGAGUCCGGCGCGGCGCAGCAGCCGAUCCGGGACAUGGGUCCCAUCAACGGACGGCAGUCGAGCGUCGGUCAGGAGCUGACACAGCUCGGUAGGGCCUUGUCGACACCGAUUGAGGCCCAGGCCAAGAAGGAUGCGGCCGCCACCAAGAAUGAAGCGGUGCUCUCGUCGGACGAGGAGUCGUUUCGCCCGCCGAAGCUCUCCGCGACGCAAGUGGAACGCCGAGACCGUCUCCAGUGCAUUCUCUUGGAACUGGGUAUCCUGUUUCACAGCGUUUUCAUUGGCAUGGCUCUGAGCGUCUCCGUCGGAAAUGAAUUCAUCGUUUUGCUCAUUGCAAUUACAUUCCAUCAAACCUUUGAGGGAUUGGCUUUGGGUUCUCGCAUCGCCGCUGUCAAGUGGGAAAAGAAGACGAUCCAGCCGUGGCUCAUGGCUCUUGCCUAUGGUUGCACAACGCCUCUUGGCCAGGCCAUUGGGCUCGCUACGCAUACGCUUUACAGCCCCGACUCCGAGGUUGGUCUCAUCCUCGUCGGCGUCAUGAAUGCCAUCUCCGCCGGUCUGCUCACGUUUGCGUCCCUGGUCGAGCUUCUCUCGGAAGACUUUCUCAGCGACGCCAGCUGGCGCUACCUGCGCGGCAAGCAGCGCAUCGGUGCUUGCCUGCUGGUGUUUUUGGGCGCUUUCGGCAUGAGUCUUGUCGGCGCGUGGGCGUAA